CGUCUUUAAAGUCUAUUAUUAAGUCAGCACAAAUUAAGUUGUAAUUAUCCAAGCCAAGAGUUACGUCCCUUGUGUCGCUGCGUUUGCCUUGAAAUUGUUAGUUUACAUUUGACUGAAAUCGUCAAAACCAAAUAUAUUGCUGACAUGGAUAUAGCAACAACAGUGAUAAGAAAAGAGAAAAAGAACAAAGAAAAUGGUCAAAUCAACAGUUUGGAAUAUAUCCAUUGAUGGAGAGUAAAAUCUAGUCUAUUUUAUUCCUUUGCUAGGAGCCCUGUUAUUUUAGCUCUUUGUUUUUUUUUUUCAUUUUAAUUAUAGCGAUAAUAAUUAUAAGUGCCCAAAUAGAAUGCAAAUGAAGUGCUGUCCAACCUAACCAAACAAAGAAAAGCAUAUGAAGUCAUCAGAAGAGGAAAUGAUAAAGCUAUAAACUAUUUUUGGAAACAUGUCCGCUAUUUAAGUUUCCACCGGUUCCCAGAACUGAGUUCAGGAAAUGUUUGUAUUGCUAAUGUUGAUAAAAUCAACCAGAUGGUAAAGAAAUUCAUCUCAGAUGGACCUGAUAAGUUGCAGAUUGUAACAGACUUUGACCAGACACUAACCAUGCAUUCAUAUCAAAACAAACGAUGUGAUUCAUGUCAUGGUGUCCUGGAUAAUAGUUCAUAUCUGCCAGAUGAUUUCCGUGUAAAGGUUGCAAAAUUAAGAGAUACAUAUGCUCCAAUAGAAUUUGAUCCUCAUAUAGAAACUGAGAAGAAAGUUCCAAAAAUGGAAGAGUGGUGGACUCAAGUACAUGAACUACUGGGUACACUGAAUAUCUCUAAAAGUCUGAUUAGCAAAAUGGUUGCUCAGUCUUCUGUCAGAUUAAGAAUUGGAUGUGAUGAAUUAUUUAAGAGCCUUGAUAAAUGGCAUGUUCCAGUUCUGAUCAUUUCUGCUGGACUGGGAGACAUUCUCUCAGAGAUUCUCACUCAGCAAUCAGCUGUCUACAAUAACAUGAAAAUUGUUUCCAAUUUCAUGAAAUUUAAAGAGGAUAAAAUGGUUGGUUUUUAUGAUGAAAUCAUUCAUACAUUCAACAAAAACCAGUGUGCUAUUCAUAAAUCUGGCUACUUCAACAAUCAGAGAUCCAACAUAAUACUGUUAGGUGACUCUGUUGGUGACUUGCACUUAGCAGAUGGAGCCAAGGACAGUUCUACAAUUCUUAAAAUUGGCUACCUCAAUGAAAGGGUUGAAGAAAGUUUGGAGAUAUACAAAAAUGCAUUUGAUAUUGUUUUGGUAAGAACCGAAAAUGUGGACCUAAUGAAUGCAUUAAUGAAAAGAGUUACCGAUAAUAAAGUCUGAACCUUAACAAAGUUUCUUCAACGUUCAUUAGAAAAUUAUUUGGAACUUUUAAUUAAAUAAUUUAAAAA